AUAUGGGGUAAUUAGCUCCUUAUAAAUACAUUGCCAUGUUUUUCAAAAACUUCACAAGGUUUGGAGUUAACAUAUCUUUCCAAUGUCCCACCAACAAAACCAUGGCCAAGGAGGCCUUAAGCAAGCCCAAGUGGCUGUGGUCAUGGUACCCUUACCGGCUCAAGGCCAUCUCAACCAGCUCCUCCACCUCUCCCGCCUCGUCUCCGCCUACAACAUACCGGUCCACUAUGUUGCCUCCGCCACCCACAACUGCCAAGCCAAGCUUCGCGUCCACGGUUGGAACCUCCAAUCCGCCUCCAAUAUCCACUUCCACGAAUUCCCAACCCCUCAUUUUCACUCUCCUCCUCCAAACCCUAACGCCUCCGUCAAGUUCCCCUCACAUCUCCAACCCUCGUUCGAUGCCUCAUCCCACCUCCGCGAUCCCUUUGCCAAACUCCUACACUCUCUCCUCCCGAAAUCACAAAGAAUCAUCGUCAUUCACGACUCACUAAUGUCUUCUGUCGUCCAAGAUCUAGUUCUGAUACCACACGUCGAGUCAUACUCUUUCCACAGCGUCUCCGCGUUUGCUAUGUUCUUUUACUUUUGGGAAGCCUUAGGAAGACCUUUUCCAGUCGAACUCGAACUGCUGAAAGACCUUCCUUCUCUCGAAGGUUGCUUCACGACGGAGUUCAGAAAAUUCGUCACCAAACAACACAAGUGCACAAAUCUCGCCUCGGGUCGCCUUUACAACACAUGCAAAGCCAUAGAAGGCCCAUUCCUUGAUCUACUAGCGAAAGAAGAGAUCAGUGGAAACAAGAAACAAUGGGCUCUCGGGCCGGUGAACCCGGUGGAAAUACAAGACAACAACUUGAGCUCAAAUCAUGCCCACAAAUGUCUGGAAUGGCUUGAUAAACAAGCUCCAAACUCUGUGAUCUACGUCUCUUUCGGAACCACAACUUCCUUGAGCGAUGCACAAAUCAAAGAGCUAGCACUUGGGCUGGAAAAGAGUGAGCAGAAGUUCAUCUGGGUGUUGAGAGACGCCGAUACCGGUAACAUAUUUUCAGGAGAGGGAAAGAGAGGUGAUGAUGAUCAGCUGCCAAAAGGGUAUGAAGAGAGAGUUGAAGGGAGGGGAAUGGUGGUGAGAGGGUGGGCGCCACAACUGGAAAUCUUGGGGCACCCGUCCACGGGCGGGUUCAUGAGUCACUGCGGGUGGAACUCUUGCAUGGAAAGCAUAACAAUGGGGGUGCCCAUAGCAGCUUGGCCUAUGCACUCGGACCAGCCAAGGAACACUGUGCUGAUAACAAAAUUGCUGAAGAUUGGAUUAGUCGUGAAGGACUGGGCGAGGAGGGAGGAUUUGGUGGAGUCGACGACUGUCGAAAGAGCUAUUAGAAUGUUGAUGGGGUCGAGGGAAGGAGAGGAGAUGAGGAGGAGGGCGGCGGAGCUGGGUGGUGCCGUUGGAGAGUCCGCGGCGGAAGGUGGUGGUUCUCGAUCGGAGUUGGACUCUUUCAUUUCUCAUAUCACAAGAUAGUCGAGUGAUUUGAGGUUAAAGAAAUUAUCUUCUAGCAUGAUUCUAUGAAAGUGUGCUGAAUUACUAAUGCUUUAUGAAUUUCUUGGAUUAUUUUCUCCGUUAUUUUUUUGGACCUUUUAUAAAUGCAGUAGUAGGCAGGGGCGGAGAUAGCUAUGGCCGGCGGGGCCGGCGCUGCAAAUUUGUGUACUUCCCAAUUUAAAUGUUUUUUUAUGGAAGAUCGUUUAAUUUUGAGUGCA